AUGAGCGGGUACCAGCCGCAAGUGAAAGGCGAUAGUAGCGCCGGUGCAUCUUCUUCACGUGCUGCUCGAUACGCUCCGUACAGCACAUCUCACUUCCUGUCGUUCAGACACAAGACUCUCCAAGAAAACGAGCCGGAUAUUGACGAUCUAGACGACAGUCAGGAUAAUUUACGAUCCAGCGAUGUCCCGAACACGACCGACUCCUCGAAUUCCACUCACGACUCCACCUCCCCAAAGUCGUCUGCCUCCUCGUCAUCUCCGGCCAGCAGUGCGCGCACCUCCCCGGAGUCAGUCGCCGAGCCGAUCGCCAGCCCGGAGACCAGCUCCGAGCUGACGAUAAAGAAAAAGGCGCGAACCAACUACACGAAUAAACAGAUUCAGACGUUGAUAAAACUCUUCCACGAGAAUCCCUACCCCGAGUCGGAGAUGAUGGAAAACAUUGCCAAGGACUUCGGGGUGCCCGAGAACAAAAUCAAGAUCUGGUUCCAGAACAAGCGCGCACGGUGGCGUAGGCGAGUCAACGACAACAUGAACCACUGCCCUGGGCAGCCGUUCAUGCCCGUGUCUCCAAUGUUGUCGCCGGUCCCCUCAUACGGACCCAUGUACGGCAACAUAAUGUCGUCAUCGCCGCAACAUCCAGCUUAUUCCAACUACCCAUGGAUGCAGCCAGGCGCGCCAAGUCCGAGCAAUAGCAACAAUAACCAGCAACUUCCGGGGCACUCCCGUCUGCCGCACUCGAACAUGACAGCGACCCCUGUGACGUCAUUGUAUUUUCCACCCAUUUCCAUGCCGACCAGUAUUUCGCCUAUGUCGUCUGCAGCGGAAUAUCCGCUCAGAACGUCACCACAACAAAUGAUGACGUCACAACAGAGACAAUAUCAGAACCCACAUUUCCUGAACGGAUCAUAG